AUGUCAUCAUCACAUUCUACCACCACAACUACUACGCAAUAUGUACAUCAAAACAAGCCAAAAUUUAAAUCAAGAAGGCUAUUAUCGGAAUUGUCAGACACUUCUUCACAACUUUCUCGGACAAUCACAACUCCAAUCAUAUCUUUCCUUGUAUUUGUAUUAAUCAUUCUUAUUUAUUUAGAUAAUUCAUCCUCUUCAACAUAUAACCUCUUCGUCCAUGCCUCUACCUCACCAACAGCAACAAUAAACAAUACUCAACAACAGCCUAAUACUAAUACUAAUACAAAUACAAAUAAUAAUAAUAUAGGAUCUUCAUCAUCAUCAGCAACAAUUGAACAACAAUCAACGACAUCUAGUACUCCAACAGCAACAGCACCUCCUCCUCCUCGACAACCCAAGAUUAAUGUUGGAUUUAAUUUUGCAUCGGAAGAAGCAGGAGCCAAGAUAUUAUCAUCAAAUCGAGAGGCAAAAAAAGUUUCAAGGAUAUUGAAUGAAGAUAGUGAUAAAUAUUGUCUCAUUCCAAGAUCAGUUCCUAAAAAGUGGAUUGUUGUGGAAUUAUCUGAGGAAAUAUUAAUGAAAAGUAUUGCCAUUGCCAAUUAUGAAUAUUAUUCAUGCUCUUUUAAACAUUUUAAGGUUUAUGCAUCUGUGAAAUAUCCAUGUAAGGAAAAAUCAAAUUGUUGGGAAUUGUUGGGGACUUUUCAAGCAGCAAAUAGUCGAAAAGUUCAACAUUUUACAUUUAAAAAACCAUCCAUUACAAGAUAUGUUAAAUUGGAAUUUUUAUCACAUUAUGGAGAGAAUGAAUAUUAUUGUACUUUGAGUUUGUUAAGAGUUCAUGGAUCUACUUUAUUGGAAGAUUUGAAAAAAUCUCUUCAAAAAUCCAGUAAGAAAAAUUCAGAAUCAACUCAAAUUACAAAUGAACAAACACAAUCUAAUAAUCAUGGAAGUAUUGAAUAUGAUAUUAAGAAGGAAGAGGCAAAUUUGAAUGAAUUAAUCAAGGAAAAUACUGAACAGAUAGCAUCUAUUCAUAAUUCAGAUAAGGAGAAUUCUAAAAGAUUGGAUCAAUUGGAAGAAUCAUUUGGAAAAUUAUUGAAUGAUGACAUUUCAAAUUUAAUUAAGGAAAAGAUUACAAACAGUCGUAUGAAUUCAAAAACUGAAUUUUGGGCAAUGUUGGUAAAGAAGAAAUUUCAAAGUUUUGGAUUUUGCAAUAUUGGACGUUUGAAUGAUGGGAAUGAUAGGAUAUCAUUUAUCAUUGAACAGGAAAGGGAUGUCAUUAAUUGUACAUGUUUUAAGGUUUUGAAAAAGGAUUUUAUUGAAAGAGUUGGAUUUUUAAAGAAUAGUGAUAAGGGAUUUUCACUUUACAAUAGAACAUUACAUUCCAAUAAUACUAUGAAUAGUCAAGAUAUGAAUACCAUUUCAAAUAAGAAUAGGGAAAUUUGGGGAGUUUGUCAAUACAGAGUUACUUACUUUAGUUUGAAAUGUAUCACUAAUGGAACACUCAAGUUUGAGAAUAUUCAACCAACGAAAAAGCCAUCUGCUAAGGAUUCUAAGAAGAAGCAAAAAGUAGUUGUUGAUGAUGAAACAGAUGGUUUAGAUGAAAAGACUCCUAUGAAGAGUACUCUUUCUCACUUAUUGAAUGAAAAGCAAAAUAUCCUCAAAUCCUUAUUUAAUGCUAUUAAAAUUCAUGGAGAGAAUGAAAAUAUUUUGAAAAAUCAAAUCAAAGCGCUUGAAAUGAAGAAUGCCAAGACAUUCCAAUAUAUUCAUCAAAUUUUGGAAAAGAAUGGAGAAGAUCACAAGCUCAUUGCCAACAGUUUUAUAUCACUGACACAGAAGAAUAGAGAGCAAAUAAUUAAUGAUAUGGUAUGUUUCUUUGUUUGA